GUUGAACAAAAUACAUCGUCAUCCGACCAGCGAACGUAAAUGUGCGCGUAAAAUUCACGGUGUCGUCCAAAUAUAUAAAUAUCACUGAUAAUUAAAAUAUAUAAAAGAUCCUCUUUAAAUUCUUGAAACCUUUUGGGCUCAAGUCUUAUGCAUUUGAGGACCCUAUUUACGCCAUUACAUAUGACAAUAAGUAUCGAUGAUCCGGUCAUAUUAGAAUAUGUUAUCAAUUAUCAUCAUCACUCGGUAUUAUAGCUGUCGACGCAACAACGGAUUUCGAUAUUAUCACGGGGCGUUUCUAGUGUUUCUACUCGGACGACUCGGACGAGGCAAACGCUGUCGUGGUGAAUAUUUAAUAAUUAAUACGAGUAUCCGGAGUGACAGUUUAAUAUAAUAUAAAAUUAUAUAAAUUAUUUGUAUUAUAAAUGAUAAAAUAUUAAUAUUAUGGUAAGAUUGUUGGCCAAUAUAUCCAAAUAAAUAUAAUAGUAGUAACAAGUUAUAAGUGUAUUACAUUGAGGUCGAUAUAAAUCGGCGAUUGUGUGUGAUUAGUCUUAAAAAUUGCAAUCGUAUUAUAGUUGUGCAACAUUUGACGGAGAGGCGAGUCUAUUUCGUUUGGACUUUAAGGUAUAAGUUAUAACAUUACGUAUAUUAUUCGUAAUUAAAAUUUAACAACAUGAGAGUGGCUAUAAUUGGAGCGGGAGUUGCUGGUUUGGCUUCAGCUAGAAGAUGUUUAGAAAAUGAUUUUGAACCCAUAGUUUAUGAACGGUCGAAAAGAGUGGGUGGAACUUGGUUUUAUGAAGAACGAACCGGUCUUGAUGAAUUUGGUUUGCCAAUCCACACAAGCAUGUAUAAAAAUCUAAUGACAAAUUUGCCAAAAGAAUUAAUGGAUUUUCCUAAUUUUCCUCAUAAGGGUUUAGACGAUAUAUCAUAUUUGAAAUCAUGGCAAGUGCAAGAAUAUAUUGAACAAUUUACUGAACAUUUUGGACUUGAUAAGCACAUUCAAUUUUGUAGUUUGGUGACUUCAGUUGAAAGAUUAACAAACAACUGGCAAGUGACAGUGGAAGACUUGAAAACAAAAAAAUUGAAGACCGAAUACUAUGAUGUAGUAAUGGUGUGUAAUGGACACAACGCUAUGCCUUUUAUCCCAGAUAUUCCAGGGAAAGAUGAUUUUGAGGGCAUACAGAUACACAGUCAUGAUUAUAGGAUACCUGAACAUUUUACAAAUAUGAAUGUACUCAUAAUUGGUAGUGGUCCUUCUGGCACUGAUAUUUGCUUGGAUGUAUCCAAAGUUGCAAAUCAGGUUUAUUUUAGUCAUCAUAAGCCUGAAUUAAUUGAGAAAGAUUUUCCAAAAAAUGUUACACAUUUACCAGACGUUGAGUUAUUUUCAAAAAAAUCUAUUUGUUUUAAGGACAAAACUGACAAGAUUUUAGAUGCUGUAAUUUAUUGUACAGGAUACAAAAUUACAUUACCAUUUUUGAAUCCUAGCUGUGGAAUUAAUGUUUUGAACGACAAAUUGAUCACUCCGCUUCAUAAAAAUAUCAUCAAUAUAAAUAAUCCUACUAUGGGUUUUAUUGGAUAUUUAAAUAUGACUUUUGUGUUCCGAGUAUUUGACUUACAGGUUCGAUAUUAUUUGGAAUUUCUUCGUAAAAAUUGUUCAUCCCGGUUGGAUUAUAGUAAUAUGGUGACAACGAUGACUCCGGUUAACACACACAUCCUAGGCAACAACAUGUUAUAUUACUGCAAAUCAUUAAUAUCAGAUAAAAAUAAAGUCGAACCAAUUCCAUCAAUCUUUUUUGAAAUUUAUACGGGAUGUCAUGAACAUAAAGAAAAGUAUUAUAGGUCAUAUCACUCAUCGGUCAUUAGAAUCAUCAACAAUGAUGACUAUGUAAUUGAAUUCGAUGCAGAGAAUGCAAAAAAUAAAUAAAGUACGAACGCAAAUUUUUAUAUUUUAUAUCAAUAAUAUCUAAAUGGUCAUAAAAAUGUUUUGCCUGUUUUGGUAAAUACACAAAAAGGUUAUAUUGAUGAGCUUAUUAUUUUAUUGUCAUUUAAUUAAUAUGGUAAUAUACUAAUAUAUAUUUUAUAUAAUAAUACUUAAUAGUACCUAUAUCAUAAUAUGUCUAUAAUUGUUGACACAAUCACUAAUAUAAUAUAUAAUAUAAUAUAAUAUAAUAUAAUAUCUAUAAAUAUUUAUAACAGAUGUAAAAC